AUGGAUACGAGCAGUUCGUCAACCGCGCAGUCUACUCUAGUCGGGUGGAGGGCAGAGCCCCAGGGCAGAGGCACCCUGGGCCUGCUUGCGACGAGCCUGAGUACAGUCUUUCUUUGCACUUGGGUGGUCAUUCACCCCCGAGUCCACAAGAGCGAGGUCUACGCUGUGCCUCACAAGCUGGCCCUGCUCGUGAAGACUCUAUUAGCACCCGAGUUCAUCGCUAUCGAGGGCCUCCAGGAAUGGGCCCAAUGUCAAAGGAUGGUCUCUGAGUGUUCUGAAUGGUCGCGUGGAGAGUUCAGCCUCGUUCACGCCUACUAUAUCAGCAUGCUCGCACUGCGAUACCAAACCCCCGGCGGAAAUAGGGUUAUCUGGCCUAACCAAUACACCUGGCUUCUCAAGAGACACUUUAUCAAGUGGGAGAAUCAUGCUGACUGGGGCCUGGCGAUGGACCAAAUCCAGGACAAGAGCAAAUCCGACAGUAUCACCAAGCUCAUCACGCUGUCCCAGGUACUUUGGUUCGUUGCAACUUGUAUAAUGCGCGCCGCCAAUGACCUUCCUCUCUCUCAGCUCGAAAGUAUGACGCUCAGCUACAUUCCGCUGUUUGCCAUCACGUAUUUCUUCUGGUGGAACAAACCGAAGGAUAUCUUCUCUCCCAGUAUCGUCUGCCUCCCUGCUAUGAGUGUUGAGGACAGGCAACAUUUCGAGUCAAUGGCACUCAGCAACAAAUUCGACGAGACCCAGGAUGCAGUGACAUACUGGAGCAUAUGGUAUUUGACCCCGAGAGUGUUCGAAAAGGAGGAGAAUGACAGGAUGGAGAGAGCUGUCCUUCAACCCAGUUCUCCGAAAGCGCCAGAUGUCGACGGAGAGAUGUGCAAGUACCGCAAGGAAAUUGUUGUUGCACAUUGGGAUCCUUAUCUAUACCGGUCAAAGACAAUACGAUCCCUAUGCUGUCUAUUCGGUGCCUCGUUUGGAGCCCUGCAUCUGGCCUGCUGGAACACCAUCUUCCCAACGACGGCGGAGAUGUGGAUGUGGCGCGCUUCAGCGUUCGUGUCGAUUUUCUCGCUGCUGGCAUUCAUGCAUUUUGAGAAGGUUAUUCUGCGAUGGGAUGGCCUCAUAACGAUCGUUAAGAUUGGCGCGCCGGGGAUCUAUUUUGUCAGUCGUGUACUGAUGAUGGGCGAAGUGUUUGCUGCCUUGAGGGCAGUCGACCCUGGAGUAUACGAGACCUACGAGGUUGAGAAUUACGGGAUAAACAUAUGA